GUUGUCGUCGGGUUGGUGGAACUGAUCGGCGGUGUUCCAGUUGAGGAUGUGCUCGAGGAGGUAGUGGUCAUCUUCAUAUAGAGAAUUACAGGAUAGAUCAGCAAGAGAAAUCUUGAGAAUUAUGGGAUAGACCCAGAAGAGAAGUUUUCUAUUCUUUCACUGACUGCCUGACCACGUGUUUCUUGCGCAUGCCCGUGUUGGUUGCAAUUGGUACUCCAUUAUAUUUCUGAGAGAGCUAGCUGCAAGGCACAGAUUUAUUUGCUGGAAUGGCCACUAAAGAGCAGAACCAAGGUAUAAAGACUGUCAUGUUUCCUAUAAAGGAUAAACCCAAUGAUUGCUAAAGCAUAAAACUCUCAUUGGUGAUUGCUAACCUUGUGUGCUUGCUUAUCUAUUCUCAGAGCUCACAAUUGACGAUCUGAAGACAGAAAUGAAACUGACUGAUGAGCAGCUCAAUACAGCAAUAAAGGAACCAGAUCUACCCGAGUUAGCAGCAUGUUUCGAUAACACUGAUGAUUAUCUUGAAAAGCUGGAGCUGUCGCCUGGACAGAAAACUGACGUCAGCGAAGUGAAGGCUAAAACACGUCUAAACCGCACUCAAGCCGGAAUAAAACUUGCCCUAGAAUACUGGCAGAACAAGAACCAACUACAAGCCACCUUCCAAGCUCUGCUACUCAUCAUACUCUCCCUGCUCAAAGGAGACGUUGCUGUUCAAGUGUGCAAGUACUUGUCUGACAAAUACUCCACCACCUCGUGUCCCCACUCUCAAGAGAGGGUCCUGCUGAACCACAAGCUGUCCUCGUACAGGGACUACCUACAAAGUCGCUACAGAGAACCAGACUCCACAUCAGCCACACAAUGGCCUCCCGUCUCAACAAACAAAGUCUUUAAACUGGCCAUGAUUCAGAAAGAGAAAAUACAGAGAGGAAGAAUCGACGAUGAAUUUGUUAGGCUAUCAAUCACAGGAAAAAUCGACGAUAUUUUACUUCAAAAAACUCCGGUUAACUUGACAAACAUUUUCUCUGAGAUUGGGGAUAGACGAAACUUUGUGUUGAUUGAAGGAGCUCCCGGCUCUGGCAAGAGCACCCUUGCUCUACACAUCUGUCAGGAGUGGGCAAAGGGGAAACUGUUCCAAAAGUUCGAUAUUGCAAUCCUCGUGAAACUGAGAGAUCCACUUGUUAGAGAAGCGAAGACAAUUGCUGACGUACUUCCCUGCAUUGAUACGGCCGUGGCUAACAAGACAGAGGCAGUUAUAAAAUCACUGUAUGGCAAAGGUGUACUAUGGGUGCUAGACGGAUGGGACGAGCUUCCUUUUGACCUCCCUAGAGACUCAAUCAUCAACAAACUAAUCCGACCAGACAUGUCACAAAAAGGAGCCCUACACGAAUCAGCUGUGAUUGUAACAUCUCGACCGUCAUCUUCAGCUGAGCUCCACCCACUAGUCUCGUCCAGGGUGGAGGUGUUGGGGUUCACUCCACAUCAACUAGAACAGUAUUUUACCGAGUGUCUGAAUGGUGACUCACAAGCUGUGCAGACUCUACUGGAGAGAAUUCGAGAGAACCCAGUGGUAGAAGGUAGCUGCUACCUCCCCCUCAAUGCUUCCAUUGUCGUUAAUUGCUUCCUUUCUGACAACCACUCCCUCCCAACAUCCAACCACGGGAUAUUCACAUCAGUGGUUCAGAGCUCUCUCAAGAGAUACCUCAAGGAGAAGUUGGGGAAGACCACUCCAGUGGGAAACAUCACAUCCCCAGACUCACUGCCCUCGGAAAUCAGAACACAGACCGUACAAAUGUGUCAACUUGCAUAUCAUGGGAUCGAACAAAAUAAAGUGACAUUUACUGACAGGGAUUUGGCCGCACUUCGCAUUACGAAGGAGAUUUCAAACGUUGGAUUAUUACAAACUGUUCCCAGCAUCAUUAGCGAUGGUGAUCUGGUUUACUACUGCUUUCUCCACCUGUCUAUUCAAGAGCUACUAGCAGCAAUCCACAUCUCUCUCAUGCCUCCCAAGCAACAAAUUUCUGUAUUCCAGAAGCUCUUCGGGAAUCCUCGAUUCAGUGCAGUCUUCCAGUUUUAUGCUGGUAUCACCAAACUGAGUACUAGUAGACCAAUCCUCAGUUUGCUACCUCGAUUCUUGUGUCCAGUUCCAGCCACUGUUUUUGAUCUGGUCAGAAAGGUUGUCAAAAAUGAGAAAGAGAAAGGGCAUGGUGAGCCGAAGCCCCUUUUGUUGUCCCUCAUCAAUUGUUUGUACGAAGCUGAAGACUCGCGACUGUGUGUGUUUGUGGCUAAUCUUCUUAAUCACAAUCUAGAUCUUAAUUGCACUACAAUGAAUCCUAUUGACUGCCUCUCUGUUGGAUAUUUCGUAUCAGUUUGUUCCAACACCAGUAAUGGAUUCACACUUAGCCUCGAAAGUUGCUCUAUUAGUGACCAAGGCUGCAAAUUUCUGGCACGAGGACUCUCCAAGUGUCCCAACUCUAAUAAUGAUAUUCCUACAGCAGGGAUACACAUCGCUAAGAUUAUCGAGAACACUAGUUCAAUAUCUGAAUUGGAUUUGUCUAAUAAUGCCAUUGGUAACAGUGGGCUUAGCACACUCUGUGAGGUCUUGUCAACUAACACAUCAUUAAAGAUCCUGUACCUGGGCAAUUGCUCACUAACAAUAUCAGACGACAAUGGAGCUGCCCUCUAUCAACUUCUAAAUACAAACAAUUCCCUCGAACAUCUUAGAUUGUAUAGUAACACAGUGACUAGCUGUCGUCACAUUGCUGCUGGACUUGCAGUCAAUAAGACUCUGAGAACAUUGGGAUUGGGUAACUGUGAACUGACUGAUCAGAGUAUCGAGGAGCUAUCAACUGGACUGAUCAACAAGAUUAAAACACUGAACAUAUGGGGUAAUGACUCAAUAACAGAAGAUGGAAUGAAGACGCUUGCCAGACAUCUAACCACCCACUGCUCUGAACUGACACUAUUGUACAUACCCGACCACCUAAGAUCCUGUGUCGAGACAGUAUUCAGGGACACUAACGAAGAGAGGAAGAGAAAUGGACUACCCGAGAUUAAUGUGUAUGCAUUUGAUUAUUAAUUUAUAAUUAAUUGAUUGAUUAUUAUUAAUAUAAUUAAUGUUUAUAAUUAAUGAUGUUUAGUAAAUUAUAAUUAUGUUUAGUUAUAAUUAUAUUAUGAUUAUUGUUGUUAUUAAUUAAUUAAUAAAUGUUAAUUAAUUUGGUGUUAUGCAUCUAA